AGGAACUGCAGAGGCAAAUCUACCGGGACUAGGAUGGCCGAAGAGACACAGUCGCCCUACGGCGAAUACAAGUUCGUCGCUCGUUUGGAUCACAUUAAGACCUUUAACCAGGCCAUAAAGUCUAUUUGCUUCAAUGAUUACGGUAUGCUGCAGGUUUCCGAAGAUGGACUGCGCAUCACCGUGGAGCAGGGCAAGUCCAUCCAGGCCACGCUCUUCAUGCCGCCGGGCGCCUUCAAGGAGUUCUUUGUGCAUGACUUCCAGAGCUUCGGCCUGAAGAUGAAUGUGCUGUCCGAAUGCCUAAAUCUCUUCGGAUCCGCCGACUGCAGCCUGAGGAUGAUGUUCAGGGAUCAGGGCGACCCACUGAGGAUCACCCUGUACCCCUACGAGGACGAGGACGUGAGCACCGAGUGCGCCAUCAAAACUAUGGACUGUGAGGAGCCCAUUGACUACGAUAAGAACCUGAAGGAUGCGGAUGUUAAUGUGAUAUUCGUUCGUGGACCGAAUCUAUCGAAAGUUUUCAAUGAACUUGAAAAAUCGGCGGAGGAAUUCGAGUUCGUAACAUCACCAGAUCGACCGCACUUCAAGAUCACCACCGUGGGCAUCAUGCAGGCGGUGUUCAGCGUCGAGGUGGCCAAGACCAGUCCCAUGAUGAUGAUGUUCAACUGUAAGCAGACGGUAGUCGCUCGCUACAAGAGCCAGCAGAUCCGGAUGACCAACAAGGCGAUGCAGUCGGCCACCAAGGUGGCCAUCAAAACGAACUCCAUUGGCCUGCUGGAGCUGCACCUGGUGAUGCAGGGCGAGGGCCAGGAGGAGAUCUUUGUUCAGUUCUUUAUUAUUCCCUUACUUCACACAGAUUAAGCCUGAUUAUAUCAACAGGUAGUUGACAAAGUAUA